CGUAUUUGCAUCAACAUUAUUCGACCGCCUCAGUAGCUUGCUAGCCAGCAUAGCUAUUUUGUAUCUACGUAACCAAGUUUUUUAAGCACUAGGGUAUUUUAUUCAAUAACCUUUCAUAUUAACUUUGUAAGUCUGCUCGCUGGUUAAUAUAGCCUAUCACCUCGCAAGUUGCUAACACUAGCUAUCUAUUAUGAGCUCAGUAAUGUACUCCCUCCCUACCGGUGAAGAAGAGGCCUUCAGUACGGAGAAAGGAUCUCUGGGGCUGAAGAUUGUCGUGAAAGAGGAAGAGGAUAUUACGGUGAAGGUAGAGGAGGAGGAAGUCACCGUGAAAGCAGAGGAAGAGGACGAUGUCCCGUUAUUUAAAAACGAGGCAAAGGGGGUUGCGGUUAAAGUGGAGGAGGAGGCGACGGGAGACAAGACGACUUUCACUUUGAAUUGGAAGAAGGGUGUUACAGUGAAGGAAGACGAGGAAGCUUUGAGAGUGUAUGACGAGGGGGAAGAAGAGGAGAUGACUGUCACGGUGAAAGAGGAAGAGGAGGAGGGAGACACGGGCACUGGGGACUGGAGAGAGAUACCAGAAUGUAACUCUGACAGUGGAAAAAGCAAUUCAGAGGAACCAGAACCAGAGACGCCCAAACCAGUGGGACGACACCAAUGCUCCCACUGUGGGAAGAGAUUUGUUCGUUUAGGGUACAUGAAAGAACAUAAGAGAAUGCACACAGGAGAAAGGCCUUUCCAAUGCUCCCAGUGUGGAAAGUGUUUUGCACGGUUUAGCAGCCUGAGUACGCAUGAGGAAAUCCACAGAGACAGAAGGAAGACCUUCAACUGCCCUCAGUGUGGAAAGAGAUUUACCCGGAUAGGGUCCCUGAAAACACAUAAGCGAAUACACACAGGAGAGAAGCCUUACCGCUGUUUCCACUGUGGAAAGAGGUUUAUGUGGUUAGUGAGCCUAAAAACACAUGAGAUAACACACUCAGGUGAAAAGCCUUUCCAGUGUUCUCAUUGUGGGAAGAGAUUUAACCAGUUGCCGAACCUGAAAUCACACGAGAGAACACAUACCGGAGAGAAGCCUUUCCAAUGUUCCCAUUGUGGAAAGAGAUUUAACCAGUUACCAAACCUAAAAAAACAUGAGAGAACACACCCACAAGAGAAGCCUUUCCAAUGUUCUCAAUGUGAAAAAAGAUUUACUCAGUUAGAAAAACAAAAAAGGCAUGAAAGAAAACAUACUAUAGAAAACCUUUUCCACUGCUCUCAUUGUGGAAAGACAUUUUCCCAGUUGGAGGAAAUGAAAUCACAUGAGAGAAUAGAGAGGCUGAUUACUGAUUUAUGCUUUUAACUAAUGAUUUGUGUUUUUGUUCAUGCAGAAUUAAAUAAUGUGAAGCUUACUUAGAAACAGGCCAAAGAAUACACAUCAAAUCAUCUGAAAUGUAUUCUAUUUGUAUCAAAGUAUAAACCACUUGAUGUUCAUAGAACAGUAUGAUGUUAUUUGUAAAUGUAAACGAUCAAUCAAAUAGAACUGUUUAAACCUUGAAACCUAUUUUAUGUAAUUGUUUACUUUCAUUCAUUCAAUUUGUGUGCCAUUUAUCAAGCUAAUGGAAUAUACAAAUCUGAUGUUUAAAAUUACAUUGAUUUAUAUUUACCAUUACAAAUAUUAAAAUGUUAAAUAUUA